AUGGAGACAUUAGAAGAUAAUGCCCCUUCAGAAAACUACGAGAACCCUCACCUCCUCCGGUUAGAAGGAGUGAAAACAUUUGAUGCUGAAGAGAAACCAAAGAGGAAUCUUUGAGUGGCUCUAUCCACUCAUUUGAUUCACCCAGAUUCAACUGGGAAAUCAGUAUGGGAUCUGAUCAUUAUCAUUUUCUCUGUGUAUAACUCAUUGCUGAUUCCUUAUGAAUUUGCAUAUAGUAUGAAGAAUCAUAUUGUCCUUCAGAUUUGAGACAGGAUGAUCGAUGUAGCCUUCAUUAUUGAUAUAUUCAUCCAUUUCAGGACAAUGUACCGGAACUCUUACACUGAUGAACUUGUCAAGGAUGGUAAAUAAAAUCGCCAUCAACUAUAUCCUCUAUGGAAGGUUUGGAGUGGAUCUAGUGGCCUCAUUACCAUUAGAAGUGGUCGUGUUGAUCAUUCCUUCCAGUACUGUAGAUCUCAGGAUUUUAGGAAUGCUAAAACUUGCCCGAUUAUUAAGAUUAGGAAGGCUCAUAACUCUUCUAAGAGCAAAUCAAAAACUUAAAUUCAGUAUGAAAUUAGGGCAGCUUGUAUUCUUUAUUCUUAUGAUAAUGCAUUGGAUAAAUUGCUUAUGGUACCUCGUAGCUGACAAGCAAGAGACUUGGUUUCCUCCCAAGGACUUGGACUUCCAAGCUACGGAUGCAUACACAGCAGGGAAGUACAGCAGAUAUGUGCUGUUUAAUUACUACUCUGCUAUUAUUUUACUGGGUAGUGAAAUACUCCCAACUACAAGCACAGAGCUACUGGUAGCCACUCUGCUUGUAUUCUUGUGAACUAUCUUUAUCGGUAUCAUUAUUGGUGAAUUUGCCUCACUUUUGUCAGCAAUUAAUAGGAAUGAUAGAGUCAGGAACGAGGAAAUUGAUAUCAUUAGUACAAUUAUGCUGAGUCUUCAGCUAUCUGAAGACCUUCAGGAUCGAGUCUAUCAGUAUCACGAUGGUAUGAAUGACUCUCAAUAUGUUUCUGAUGAAUAUACAAAACUAAUAAAGUACUAUCAGACUAGAGAUGGGCUAAAAUAAAAUACAAUUUUUGGACGCCAAAAACCCUCUCGAGUUUGAAUCUUUUUGUGAGAACCUAGAAAUAUGAUACUUUCUACCAGGUGAUAUCAUCCUCAAGCAGGGAUUGCUCAACGAUUAUGUCUACUUCAUAAUAGAGGGUCUGGUAGAGGUUCUUCUUGAACACAACGACUUUGAAUAUUUUGACCAUAAAUAAAGUCCAACAAUUUAUUGCCCAUGAAAGAAAAGUUGAAGAGGGAGAGCUUGACGACAUUGAUGUAGAGGAGGAAAAGAAAAAGAUCCAGACUGAAAAAUAACCUUACUAAUGUCUUUCUCGAAGCUCUUAGAAAGGCCAAACAGAGCUCUAGAGAAGAAAGAAAAAUGAAUAACCCUGAUAUAGUAGUGACUCACAAUGAUGAACAAGUAGCUUUACCAAUGCAACUGAGAAGUUCUAAGGAUACUCAAUAUAUGACUGUUAAAGAGAAUUUGGUCUCUGAGGAAUCACUUGACUCUGAUAGGUCCAUUGGGGAUUUUAGGAUCAGCAAAACUACUGUCAAUAAUAGGCCUAAUAAGGUAUUUCCUCUAGAAUUGCCAGAUGAGCAAAGCUCUCGUGAUAAAAUGUUGAAGUAAGAAACCCUCUGGAAACCUUCAUCGAAUCGCAUCUGCUCCGAUUAAUAUGAUAAGCAGGUCGAGUGCGAGAGAAGAUAAGGAGAAGGAUGAGAGAGCAAGGGUUAAUAUUAUCAACAAGUUUUCAAAGAUAAAUCAAUCCAAGAAUUACACCACUCUUAACGAGCUGAAGCCAGGAGCUUAUUUUGGGGAAAUUUCAUGCUUAUACUCAAUCCCUAUUACUGCUUCAGUCUGUACGGUGUCAGAAUCCAUCUGUGUGAGAAUGCAUAAAGAACAUUUCACCAGAUUUCUAGAUACUCAUAUGAAAUGAAAGAUGAAGGUCCAGAAAGUAGUGCAUGAAUAUCGUGACCCUCUGUUUAGGACACUUCAUAAAAUAGUAAGUUAUAUCCCAAGUCUGAGAGGAAUCUCAGAGACAACGACUCAUGCUAUCUGUCUUAGGCUGUGAACUGUCAGAAUGAUGGAGAAGAAGAAGAUCAUAAGGUAUCUCCAAAUCUGUAGGAAUAUCUAUUUCGUAUUUUCUGGAGAAGUUAGAGUCAAUAUCGUUAUUCCAAAGACUCAAGAACGAGUGCUAUUUCUGAUAUUAAAGGCAGGAUCUUGAUUCAACUUCUACAACUCUAUAUUGGAAUAUACCUCUUUGUUUGAAUUUGUAGCAGAGACACACUGCUCUUUACUAAGGCUAAAGUACGAUGAUCUGGAAGACUUGUCCAAACAGGACAUUACCCUGAGAGAAUGUCUUGACAACAUAAGGACGAAUAACAUUGUUAUUGGGACAAAGUAUGAUUUCUUCAUUCCAGCAUUCAAGCCUUCUGGAUCAAGUGCAUGUAAUACUCCAAUGAUGCAGUCAAGUCGAGGAGGUGGUAAUAGCUUAAGUCAGCCUCCGCAACCCUCAAUGCAUCGAAGAAAUGCCAGCAAUCUAAACCUAAGCGCUGUUGAUUUCCUAGGCUCAAGCUUGUUUAACAUCCCUCUUGGAACACUCAAGAAGAUGAAAGAGUGCCGAAAGUUGGUAAUUGAGAAGCUCAGGGAGGCUAAGAAGACCUUUGAAGUUAUUGACCAGAAUUACGAUUCUAUUGUGUCCGAUAACGCUAAGCAAGUAAAUAACGCAUACAUCAACAAGGCCAUGACCGAUAGUAUUAAAGAAGCCAAGAGGAACCUCAACUUUUUGGAAAACAUGAAUCUGAUGAAAAAGCUGGAUGGCCAAAUUUCUGAAAUAGAGAAAGAUUCAAUGGAAUUGAAGAAAUAUGAGAGGCAGAAUGACAGUUUUGAGCAAGGUGACACAAAGUCCUUCACCCAGAUCAUGAACAAUUUCGUAAGUGAUGAAGAUGAACACGAGGUGAAGAUCCGGACUAAAAUAGCCCCGAUUAAUAAAGUUAGCAAGAGAUCAAGAGGCAAGCAUAGCCAAAGGUCCAAUUUUAAGCUGCCUCCUUCCAAUAAGUCCUUUGAUAAGCAUGUUAAGCUACCCAAGAUUUCAUCAAAAGUUAAAUUCGAGGAAUGUAAAACAGACCAGAAAGAGAAGGAUGAUAUUAAUGAGAGCUCACUCUUCUCUGAAUUUACAAGGGAUAACUUGAGUUACAAGAACAACCAAUCCACUCAGUACGGGAAGCUGGAAGAGAGUAUGAAGAAGGUCAAUGAGUACCUUGACCAAUCGAUUGGCGUAUCCUCUUUCAGAGUAAAGGAAAUUAUCAAAAAGACAAGCGAGCUCUCAUUGAAUUUACAAAGACAAUUAGGUGGGAUAAGCAACAACAGCGGGAGGAUUUCCUCAAAGGAAAAGCCAUUGAAAUCGCCAGACUCUUGAGCAGUAACCCACAGAGACCAAAAGCCAUCAACUCUGUCUCAUACGCAGUUAUACAAAGGUGGUAUUUCCAAUCGAUUUUCUACUAACUUGAAGACAGACAGAAACUCUAAUACAGGAGAGUGAAUUACUUCCUUACCAAAGCAGGAUGAUACUGUGUAGAACUAUCUUCUCCAGCGGGUUAAUGU